CAGCGACCGGUUGGGUUGAACGUAUCAGCGUAAGCAAGUUUUUCAUCAAGCUAACGUGUUUAUGAUGGCAUGUUGCUAACGUGCUAAUAUAGAAGAAACUCGUUGAAAAUGGACACGCUUCACCGCUUUCCAGAGGAAGAUAGAAUUGAAAAGGAAAAGGUCACUCUGGAUCACGAUCCACCUUACAUGGAAAUAAGGACAAAGGCAGAUGCUGCCCUGAACACUGACACAAAUGACACUGGCCCGCUGCCCAAGUGGUCCUCAGCCCAGAAAGUGGAGCCUAGCUAUGGCUUAAGCUUGCCUUUGGGAGAAGAUUACGAGAAGAAGAAGCAGAGGUUACAGGAAGAGUUGCGUCUGGAUUACAGACGCUACAUGGCUCAGAAAAAGGACACGAGCAGUGUGUCAGGCCUGCACCCACAGGGGCUGUCUCUGCCUAUCGCCGAGAGGAGAUCUGCAAAGGACAGAUUAAGAAAUGAGAGAAACCAGGAGUACAAUCAGUUUCUCAGAGGACAAAGGCAGGAAAGGCCAAGUCAAAACUCCAAUGUUUUACAGCAGGGGCAGACCAGGGACAGUGACCACCACACUGUCCCCCGGGCCCGUCCGGACCACCCCAGACUCCCGCCGGUGCAGAGUGCCCCCGCGUCCCGGGAGCGACCCCCGCCCCGGAGGGACGCCGCCACCCUCACAGAGUCCAGGCCGGGCGGGCGGGGCCGCAGGCGCUGGGCCGAGCAGCCGGCCGGCCCGUACAGGAGGUACAUGAUGCCCAGGGUGGAGUACGACUCCCAGGACGAUUACUCCGAAGAGGAGGUGGACUUUGUGGAGAGGAGGCCCAGGAGGACCCGGGAGCCUGAAUACGCAGAGAGAAGAGGGCACAGACUGCCCCGCGGGCCUGACCGAGAAGUGCCAAGACUAAGAGAGAGAGCAGUCGAUGACUCCGAUGAUUACCCUGAAAUGGGUCAUUAUGCCCAAAGACCGAGGAAUGACAGAGUUCACUGGGAGAGGAGGAAGGUGGAGGCCACUCCCAUCUAUAAAGAUGACCAUCAAGAGAGGAAUCCAAGGAUCCUGUCCGCUGCACCCAAUCCCAGGCUGCAGACACAGGAACCAGCACAGCCAGUUGAAAGGGCCAAAUCAGUCAACAUCAAGGACAGGGCUGAGUUUGCCACAGGACUGAUGAUCGGAGCUGCAGACGGAAAUGUGGGCACACAGGCGAGAAAGGAGCGAUACAGGCGGGAACUGCAGGAGCAAAUGGCCGAACAGCAGAGGAACAGGAGGAAGGAGAAGGAACUGGAGCUCAGAGUUGCUGCUACUGGAGCUGUUGACCCAGAGAAAAUGGUGUCUUCUAGAAGGCAGGCUGGUUUUCUUGGAGUCAGAAUAGAGCACAACCAGGAGCAGCCGGACCGGAUCAAGCAGUUUGGGGCGGUGUCCCGGGACUACGAAGACAAGAGGCGGGACGUCCCGUACCGGCCGGGGCGGGGCCUGGACGCGCUGGGCUCGGAGUCGGAGAGACGGCAGCGCCAGGAGAGGCCCCCCGCUGACCCGGAGGACCAGGGGCCCCCGCACCAGCCUCGCCUGGCCUUCCAGGCCCCCGGGCUGUACAGCAGUGGGGCUGGAGCAGGGCAGGGCGGGGCGGGCGCUCCCAACCAGGACUUCCACAGAGGCCUGUCUGACACUCUGGGAGAAAUCAUGGUCCCCAGAAUCACAGGGGCCCUGCCUCCCCCUCCACCCACACUGACAGACGCGUACCGAACUCCGUACGAUGCGGCCUAUUACUACUAUGGAGCCAGAAAUCCUCUGGACCCCAGCCUGGCGUACUAUGGACCUCCAGCUGGGGGUCUACCGCCUGGAGCCCCUCCCUACCAGCACACAGGAGGACCACCACAGCAGAUGAGUCAGAUGGGAACUGGACCCACUGGAGUUGGAGCUGGUGCUGUAGUCGGGGUCUUCCCCACAGAGAGGCCCAAGCAGAGCAAAGAGAGCAUGCAGAGCUACCAGGAAGCACUCAGAAAACAGAUGCAAGAAAGGCAGGAGCGUAAUAAACAGGAGAAAGAAGAAAAGGUGCGCUUCGAGGCCCAGCUGGACGCGGAGAGGAGGACCUACAACCCCUGGGGGAAGGGUGGGGGAGGCGCACCACUGCGGGACAGUUGGGGGAACCUCAUCACGGAUCUGAAUCGCAUGCACAAGGUGAACGAGGAGGCGUACCUGAACCCCGAAUCCCGAGGGAAGAAAGCGGGGUCUGAGGACCGAGCUCCCACCCCCCACCGGAUCUCAGGGUACUCCUAUGCCCAGGGUCCUGGCUUUCCGCGGGGCAAUGCUUCUGCGGAUGUACCAACACCGCAGCAGAUUCACGAACAGAACAAAUACAGUGAAUACCUCAAACAGCAGAUCGAGGAGAAGCGGCAGAAGGAGGCGCAGGAGCGAGAGCGCCUCAAGCUGGAGGAGAAGAGGGAGGAGAAGAGGCUGGAGGAGCAGAGGGCUUGCAUCCAGAGGGAGUACGAGGAGGAGCAGGAGAGAAAGAAGAGGAAGGAGAGGGAGCAAAACGCCCAGAACGAGGAGCAGAUCCGGCUGCUGAAGGAGCGUCGCGAAGAGGAGGAGCGCAGGAAGCGGCAGGAGGAGGAGAGGGAGAACGACAUCCUGAGAAAGCAGAGCGAGAGGGAGAGGGUCCAGAUGGAGGAGACGCCUAGGCAGCCGUCUCCACCAAUCCCAGCUGUGCAGAAAAGGCUCGCCUCUCAACUCCGGUCCAGACCCCGGUCUGUGGAGAGCCGGUCCAGCACUACCCUGUCUGAGCGCUCCAUGUCCGUCCCGCCCUCCCCACCGGUGCCCGCCCGGAAAACCCAGCCGAGAACAGUGGAACAGGCAGGCGUGAUCGGCGAGCUCUCGUCCCUGCGUAAACAGCUGCACAGCGUACAGAGGAAGCUGGACCAGGAACUGCAGCAGACCGAGAGGGAAAGCGAGCCGCCGGACAGCCCUGUCACCACCAGGCGCAGGGAACGGGCGCAGGUGGACGUGUUCGACAUGGCGAGGCAGAGACUGCAGGCGCCGGUCAGGAGAAACUCCAUCAAAGCAGCGGGGCCCAUCAACCCACAGAACAUCCGCGAAUUCAACAAGCUCAAAUACAGAGACAGCGAGUCUCGGGAGGAGGUGCGGCAGGCGUAUCCGGACCCCCCGGGGGAUGAUCAGAGCCUGGAGCUGCAGCAGCAGGCCCUGCUCCGGGAGCAGCAGCGCAGGAUCAACCGCAUGAAGAGGAGGGAGGCGGCCGACUACUUCGACCUGGCCCCUCAGCCAUACCAGACUGAUGUGAGGAGCAGCCGAAUGGAGAAUCUGCUGAGCUCCACCUUGCUGGACUCAGAAAGCGCUUUCAUUGACUCGAGGGGCGACACUUUCCCAGUGCCUACAGACGGCAAGGCCCAGCCUGGCCAGAGAACCAGGCCCCCCUCAGCCAGGGAGAGAGGAGCGGAGAGGAUAGACUACAGCCAUGAGAGAGGCCCCUCUGCGGUCCCCCCAGAGCCUGCGGGGCGGCCGGACUCGCGGUCGCUGCGGUCUCAGGCCAGCCUGAGCGUGGAGCGGCUGCAGGACCGUAACCAGCAGCGCAUGCAGCGUCUGGAGGAGCUGGGCGGCCCGGCCUGUCCGUCCCCGGGGGACGUGUCCUCGGACGACGGGGACAGCCUGAGGCCCACCCCGCUGGACUCGGCCCGGCGCUACUCGGUGGAGACCUGCGCCACGGAGCCCUGGAUGAGGCCCGGCACCUCCGAGACCCUCAAGCGCUUCAUGCAAGGACGGGCCCGCAGGGACACGCACGACUGGGAGGGGCCUUCCACUUACCACGGCUGAGCGUCUCUCUGUGCUACUGCGCCACUCUACUACCCCCCCAAUACACCCAGCGCCCCUCUACUACCCCCCCAAUACACCCAGCGCCCCUCUGUACUACUGCACCCCCAAUACACCCAGCGCCCCUCUGUACUACUGCACCCCCAAUACACCCAGCGCCCCUCUGUACUACUGCACCCCCAAUACACCCAGCGCCCCUCUGUACUACUGCACCCCCAAUACACCCAGCGCC